UCACAGUGACGUUGCAUGAAAAGAAGAAAAAGCUCUCCAACUCUGAACAGCUGAAGAAAGCAGCGAUUGAAACCUGUAGUUUUGUGCCUCAUGAAAGCUGAUUUUAAACGAAACUGUGUGCUCUAGUCUGGGAGUACGCAGCACAAACACAAACCAGAGGCUCAAAGUGUUUAUUUAUUUCUUACCGAGACAUCAUUUAACGCUGUUAAACGCUUUCCCGCAUCUGCUAACAGUAGCUAAGCUAGCUUCGUGAGAGGUAGACCGUAUUUACGGCCAGGUAGCCGGGUAUGAGAGAGGCGUCAAUGAUUAGCAGAACAGAUGAUUGCGCAGUGAACUAACAACGUCAACGGACACCGAGUAUCCGGCAGUUAAGAAAAGUAACGUAACGUUUACAGUUAAUACUUCAGCUAACAGACGCUAGCAGGAACGUCAGGUAGCUCAGGGGCUUCAAGAGUCACUCCGAGGUGCUUCGGGUCAAGACAUGGCCAGUAAUCCCGCAGCAGGCUUCACCUGCCAGGCUAACGGAGGCAACACACCGGGACGAGGGUCUGUUUAUGGGGACUUACGUCGCAACCGGUCCGAGUCAGAGUGCGAUGUUGGCCAGACUGUCAAAAGCUUAGCACGGCUAUGCAGCAGGGACGAAGAGGAGCGAGCAGCUGCUCUGGAGGAGCUCUGCCAAGGGGUGCUGUUGUGUUUGGAACUGGACCGGCCUGGUUCGGCACGGCUGAGUGAACAAACACUCCUACAUCUACUUCGGCUGUCCCGGUCAUGCCCACUAAAAGAGGUUCGGGGGAGAGCAACUGAGCUGCUGCGAACAGCAAAGGAACAAGGCGUUGAAGUACCUCGGGCUCUGGCAUCAGGUCCAAGUGCCUUUAUUCCUGCCAAAGAGAUGUUGAAAGAAGGGCCGGACCAGGACAUCCUUAUCGAAUCUUUCCUUUCAUUGGGUCGUGUGGACCACAUCACCAUGGUGAUGGCGCUGCAUCCCGCCUAUCUCAGCUGCUUCCUGAGGACCCAGCAUGCUUUGUUGGAGAUGGACGGCCCCUUGCCCCGUCAUUGGAGACAUUACAUUGCUGUUAUGGCUGCGGCUCGACACCACUGCUCGUACCCGGUGCAGCAGCACAGCGCAGGCUUCCUGGAGGCUGGAGGGGAGGAGAGCUGGCUGAGCGGCCUCCAGCACGCUCCCACUAAACUCCGCAGCCUGCAAACACUCAACAAGCUGCUGGCACACAGACCCUGGCUCAUCACACAGCAGCACAUACAGGAGCUGGUGUGUCCUGGAGCAGAGCCUCGCUGGUCAUUGGCUGAACUCAUACAUGCGGUGGUUCUGAUGGCACACGCUCACUCACUCUGCUCUUUUGUGUGGGGCUGCGGCUUAAACCCUGAGCCCGACCACAUUGGAGGUUAUACCUUUCAACUUCCAUCACCCAGUCACCUUCCUCGCAGCCCUUGCAGCCCCCACAGCCCUCACAGCCCCGCUCAUGAGGACGGCAGGCAAGAGUUGGUCGAUGGAGCGAUGGAGGUGGAGAUGUUGAUGCAAAGGAUGGUGGAGUUGCAGCAGCAGGAGGAGGAGUGCACACAGGAGGAGAUGGUUACUCGCUUUGAGAGGGAGAGGAGCGAGAGCAUACCAACCGCGGUGGUGCGGGGAGCGCCACCUGACCUGGUGCUGCGUCUGGUGGAGGAUCCAGAGUUUAGAUACGAGGACUUUGCCCCCAGAGGAGAGCAGGCACCACCCACCAUGAGAGCCCAGGACUAUUCAUGGGAGGACCACGGCUUCUCUCUGGUCAACAGACUACUGCCAGACAUGGGCCAGCUCCUGGAUGAAAAAUUCCAGGUUGUGAGCAACUUGACCUACAACAGGAUGGCCAUGCAUGAAGGUGUGGACACUUACACUCUGAGAAAAGCUCUGUGGAACUACAUCCACUGUCUGUACGGGAUACGCUACGAUGAUUACGACUACGGCAGCGUGAACGUGCUGUUGGAGCGCUCUCUGAAGGUGUUUGUUAAAACCAUGGCCUGUUACCCCGAGCAGACUACGGCACGCGUUUACCACGCCUUCUGGAGACACUUCAGACAUUCUGAAAAGGUUCAUGCAAACCUAAUAGUGAUGGAAGCCCGGCUACAAGCAGCCCUUCUUUAUACCUUACGAGCCAUCACACACUACAUGAGAUGACACACCCACACACACAUGUUUUUGCAGAUGCUGAGCCAGCUGUGACAUACCACAGCCCAAUGCAACACACACACACACACAGACACGCACACGCACACACACACACGCACACACACACAUACUACAGUGAAUGUUUGUAUAUGCAUUUCUUGUAUUCCAGUGUUAAUGUUUUGAUGCUGCUUUGCUACUGGAAUAACUGAUAUUUAAAUUUUGUUACUUAUUUUGCACUGACAUUUAUCAGGUUUUGUUUCCCCACAUGAGCCUCAAGUGUUGUUGUCAAUAUCUUUGCACAUGUUUCUGUCACACAAAGACGUAUCUACAUGCUAAAUGCCAGGUAUGCCGGUUGAAUUAGUUAGGUCUGGUAUAAUUAAAUUAUUAUCAUGAUUCAAGUGUUUAUUUGACUGUUCAGGCUAAUAAUCCGUCAGACACACCAUGACUACUCAUGCCUCAGUCCUCCCUGUCUGCAGCACACAGAGGCUGAAAUACAAAAAGACAAAAUAACUUGUAUUUUUAUAUACAAUAAAAAGUUACUUUGUUAUCAAAAUGAAAA